GACAACCCGAGCACUGUGAUGCGAAAGUGGCGGCGCGAGGUGAGCCCGAGAGGAAAUGACUGGACACCAAAACAAAGCGCGAGCUAAACACGGGAUGAAAUAUCAGAAUUAUUUAUAAUAAUAAUAAUCGCGUUAAAAGAAAACAUGCUGUUUUUAGCUGCGCGCGCGUGAGAGAACAUGUGCGGUUCGUCCGUUACGCAGACCGUCAGCUGGCGCGGCUGAAAUCCUCCUCAACCUCUGGAUUGUGGAUUGUGACAAGUGCCAGGAACCGAUCCAGGACCAGGACUACAACAGUUACCGGGGAUCUCUCUCUUCGUUGCCUUUAUUUUUUUUUGGGGGGGGGGGGUUGUUGUUGGUGGUGGUGGUGGUGGGGGGGGAGACGGGAGCUUCCUUAAACUUUUCGCCUGACAGCACACCUCCCCCGGAGCCAAGACGUUGUUCCGCGUGGACCCGGGUCGCCCCAGUCCGAGCAGCGCAGUCCGUGUGGGAAGGUCGGCACUCUGCACCCUGCAGGCCGGAGACAUGAUGGUCCACUGCGCCGGGUGCGAACGGCCCAUCCUGGACCGGUUCCUCCUCAACGUGCUGGACCGAGCGUGGCACGCCAAGUGCGUCCAGUGCUGCGAGUGCAACUGCAACCUCACCGAGAAGUGCUUCUCCAGGGACGGGAAGCUCUAUUGCAAAAUGGACUUUUUCAGGCGGUUUGGCACUAAGUGCGCGGGCUGUCUGCAGGGCAUCUCGCCGAACGACCUGGUGCGCAAAGCCCGCAGCAAGGUGUUCCACCUGAACUGCUUCACCUGCAUGGUGUGCAACAAGCAGCUGUCCACGGGAGAGGAGCUCUACGUCGUGGACGAGAACAAGUUCGUGUGCAAAGAAGAUUACUCGAGCUCCGGGGCCAUCAAGGAAGUCAACUUGAACUCAGUGUCGUCGUGUACAGAUAGGAGUUUAUCGCCGGAUCUGCAGGACCCAAUACAGGACGACAUAAAAGAGACGGACAAUUCCACGUCCUCAGAUAAGGAAACGAACAAUAUUGAGAACGAGGAGCAGAACUCGGGGACCAAGAGACGCGGACCCCGGACCACCAUCAAGGCCAAGCAGCUGGAAACGUUAAAGGCCGCGUUUGUGGCCACGCCGAAGCCCACCCGGCACAUCCGGGAACAGCUGGCCCAGGAAACGGGACUAAACAUGCGCGUGAUCCAGGUCUGGUUCCAGAACCGGAGAUCCAAAGAGCGACGGAUGAAGCAGCUGAGUGCUCUGGGGGCCCGGCGGCACGCCUUCUUCAGGGGCCCGAGGAGGAUGAGGCCCCUGGGAGGCAGGCUGGAGGAUCCGGACAUCUUGGGACCCGGCGCCUACGGCUACUACGGAGAAUACCAAGGUGAUUAUUACGGACCGGGGAGUAACUACGACUUCUUCCCCCACGGCCCUCCGUCCUCGCAGGCUCAGUCUCCGGCCGAGUCCCCCUACAUCCUGGCCUCCGGACCCGGGCCCAUGGAGGGCUCGGGCCACCACCCGUCAGACGACCAAAGGUUCACGGACAUGAUCUCCCACGCGGAGACCCCGAGUCCGGAGCCGGGCUUACCGGGCUCCCUGCAGCCUGUCCCUGGGGAGGCUUACGGGGGCGGACCCAGUCCUCCUUUCUCCUUGGCGAGUAACUCCAGCUACAGCGCUCCCAUGUCCCACCAAGGCCAGGAGAUGGGGGAGACCACCGCCUGGUGAAGGGACCGAAACCACCAGGGACCAUUCCUGGGCUGAACGUCCAGCCCAGUUAAUUCAGGAGAUGAGUAAAAAAAAAAAAAUAUACAAAAAUAAAUACACACACACACACGUGGAGUGAAGCAAAUCCAGAUAACAUUUUUAUGAAGGACUUUUU